GUAGCUCAGUGGGGCUAAAGGGGUGCACUGGGGGACCCGUGAUUAUUUUUAAACUUCUGGUAAUGCUGCUAACUCCUGGUGCCUCAGAGGAAUAAAUUGAGAAAUAAAUUGAGGGCAGCUGAUUAACUGGCCUCUAUACGGUCACGUGACGUUCUCUGUAUAACGCUUUCAUUUAUUUUUGGUGUGGUAGGUUUAUGAAGCAUGUGUAUGUCAUGACUAGAAAAUAUGUAAUGCACUGAGCUCCUGCGCACUGGAGCACUAGAGACCCCCCCCCCAAACCACUCCUUUGUGUUUUGAUGCUCAGCGCUCACACCUGAAGUGACCGGCAGGAAGUGAAGAUCGGAGCUGAGAGCGCACAGCUCUUCCCAUCCUGCUACGUCUGUGUACCGAUAGAUGGGCACAUUUGGAGAACGAGACGGAUAGAAACAUCCGCAGGGAGGGGGGAUGCGCGCAUGACAGCCUUUGGACGUUUCCAUUUGUAUCAGCCGAGCAGGGAAUUGAAUCUUUCCGCUGGGUGCUGCGUUAAAAAAACAAAAAAACACUCGCGACUGGUGAAUUAAACAUUUGCACAUCUCGUCCGUCUCCGGCGAUCGUCACCGCACCAUGCGAGCAGGAGAGACGCGCCCUGUGCCAUGCUGAACAACUCUCCGACUCUCCUGCUGGCUCUGACCGCGGUGGCCGCACUUCUCCCGCGAUGUCAAGGCUGGAGCGACGAGGACCUCCUCCUGCCGCCCAUCAACUCCUCCAACAGGUUCCUGGCGAACCUGGAGGUGGACGUGCGCUUCUCCAAAAGGUCUGUGGAGGAGAGCGACGCCUCGCCCGACGCCUCCUCCAUGCAGAGUCUGUCCCAGUGCAACGUGAGCGUCCAGAGACUCCUGCCCACGUCGCUGGUGGCCCGCUGGGACAGCAGCUUCGGCUUCCAGUGUGAUGUUAUCAUCUACACCACCAACAACCACGGCAGGGCUUUUUUCGCCGCGUCUUUCAACAGGGUGAUCUCGCCCGUUGUCAUCGAGCACCUCGGAGUCACCGGGGGUCAGCAGGAGUUGCGCUUGUGCGUGGGCUGCGGGAUGUCCCGGUACCGGAAGUUCGGUCAGGGUAGGUCAAGGGGCCAGCAGACCGGGGAUCAAGUCACUUUUUGCUGCGUGGAUUUCAGCCUCGACGAGCUGAAGGGGGACAAAAGUUGGAGGCUGAACAGAAAACCCAUCGAGUCGACACUUGUGGCUUGUUUUAUGACUCUGGUUAUCAUUGUGUGGAGUGUUGCUGCUCUCAUAUGGCCAGUGCCGAUCAUUGCAGGAUUUCUGCCUAAUGGGAUGGAGCAGAGGAGACCCAGAUAACUGAAAUAUCCUUCAUUAUAUUUAUAGCCUGUGCUGCCUAUACUAUAAUUGUAGCCAUCGAACUGUAUGAAUGAAUGAUUGUGGAGGAACCUUUUGAUCAAAUGCUUUAAUCUAGGGUGUUCUUAGACCUCCUUUUCCUCCACUUUAGGACAACCGAGGUAAAGUAUAAAGGGUUAUUAUAUACUAGCCAAUAUUAAUCUAUACUGGGACCAACACCAAUGUGUUUUGUAUACCCUUGUAGGCCUUCCUAUGUCUGCGUAAACUGUGCAAAACUUUUCUCUUUAAACAGUGUUUGUAUAGUUUUUAAUCUUUCUAGAAAGUUUUUGCCUUAUUCUAUGUGUAGGACUUUUGCACUGAAAACUGAACUUCAAAGCGUGCCGUCUUAUACACUAUAUAACCAACAGUCAUGCGCAUUCAGAAGUCAAUGUGAUAGUUUUUUGCCCCCAGAUUAAGAUCCUUUAAAAACAUAGUUGUUGUUUAUGAUUGGCAUAGAGAGGGAUUGAGUACUUAUAUUGUUAGAUUUCUUAUGUCAAGUUGAAUAAAAGUGGUUAUUUGUAUUCAUGUUCUAAAGAUUUAAGUAAAAAUAAAACAUAUAUAGGCCAUACCAGA